AUGGUUCCGAGGAAAAUUGCUAUACAAACCGAAUUCAAAGAAUUAUGUACUAACGUUAUUAGGGGAUUUGCAAGAGGAUCUAAGAAGCAGAAGAAUGGCAACAAUAAUAACAAUAUGACAGGAGGUACAAAUUUUGAUUAUGACCAGUUACACGGUAAUCCGUCACAAUUGUCAUUGAAUACAAAUGCGAAUACACUAUAUUCUGGAAAUAAUGGAUCUGCCCUUUCUCUACGACGUACUCAAUCUCCUAGUAAACAGUCAAUGAAAUCCCAGCGCGUACAAAGUAACAUAAAUCGAGUUUCCAACAGUUAUGGUUCAAAUUCAGCUAGACCACUAUUUUUGUGUGAGCCGUUUGUUAAAACGGCGCUUGUGAAAGGUUCCUUUAAGACGAUUGUUCAAUUGCCAAAAUAUGUUGACUAUGGUGAAUGGCUUGCUCUGAAUUCAUUCGAAACGUACACGCAUCUAAAUCAAUUCUAUGGAAUAAUUGUAGAAUACAGUUCACAAGAAAAAUGUCCUAUUAUGAAUGCCGAUGAUAGCACCGAAUAUUUGUGGAUAGAUCAAACAGGACAGCCUAUCAGUCUUUCGGCAAAUCAAUACAUCGACUAUGCUCUUGCUUGGAUAAAUAGUAAGUUUAGUGAUCAAACAGUUUUUCCAACUAAAUCCAAUAUUUCCUUCCCUCCAAAUUUCAUGAAAGAUAUCAAGAAUAUUUCUAGACAAAUGUUUCGCAUUUUUGCGCACAUUUACCACCAUCAUUUUGAGAUUAUUGUUCAUCUAUCAUUAGAAGCGCACUGGAAUUCUUUUUUUGCGCAUUUCAUUUCUUUUGUGAGGGAGUUUUCGUUGAUCGAUUCCAGAGAGUUGGAACCUUUGCAACUCUUGAUUGAAAAUCUUGAAGCUCAAGGCAAAAUUCUGGUAGUUGAGAAACAACAGACUUCGUGA